AUGCCCCUUCCCCUCGCCGGUCCGGUCGCGUCCACCUCGGCCACUACAGCUCACGCGUACGCGUUCAACCCUGCUACCGGCUCGGCGACUACCCCUCCCAAUGCCGCAGCUCGGAAACGACAAUCACACAACCCUUCUUCAGCUCUCGGUCCCUCCGCUUCCCCUCCCAAAGCAGAACACCUCACCGACGAGUAUAUUCUUCAUCCCUCGGUCUACGCCUGGCGCACGGCUCAUGCAAAGCGGCCGAUGGUGGCGUUUGGCCCCUAUGUCCUGCUGCAAACGCUGGGCGAAGGGGAGUUUGGCAAGGUCAAGCUGGGCGUACAUACGGAAUACGGAGUGGAAGUGGCGAUCAAGUUGAUCAGACGGGGGAGUUUGGACGACGAGGCCAGGGCGAACAAGGUGGAAAGGGAGAUUGACGUGCUGAAGAUGUUGAAGCACCCAAAUAUCGUUCGCAUGUUUGACGUGAUUGACACCGACAAGUAUAUCGGGAUCGUACUGGAAUUUGCUGGCGGUGGAGAGCUCUUUGACCAUAUUCUCGCCAACAAGUACCUCAAAGAUCGCGACGCGCAGCGCCUCUUUGCCCAGCUCAUCUCGGGGGUGGACUAUCUCCACAAGAAGCACAUUGUCCACCGCGAUCUCAAGCUGGAAAAUUUGCUUCUCGACAAGCACCGGAACGUCAUCAUCACCGACUUUGGCUUCGCCAACCGGUUCGACCAGGCGUCGGACGACCUCAUGGCAACGUCGUGCGGUUCGCCAUGCUACGCCGCACCGGAACUCGUCGUCUCGGAGGGGCUGUACGUCGGGUCGGCGGUCGACAUCUGGUCCUGCGGUGUCAUCCUCUACGCCAUGCUCUCGGGCUACCUCCCCUUUGAUGACGACCCGGAAAACCCAGACGGCGACAACAUCAACCUCCUCUACCGCUACAUUGUCACCACCAAACUCAACAUCCCGGACCACGUCUCACCCGUCGCAAAGGAUCUGCUCCAGAUCAUGCUCGUUCCGGAUCCGGAAUACCGGUGUACCAUUCACGACAUUAUGACCCACCCGUGGCUGGCGUCUCAGCGGGAAAUCUUUGACCGGACGGUCGAGUACAACGAGUGGAUCCUGCAGGAUAGCAUGUACAAGAAGAGUCAGCAGGCGAAGCGGGAGUUGAACGAGCGGAAGAGGGUGGCGGAGGAGGCGAAGAGUGUGCGCGCUAUUCAACGGUCGCAGUCGAGCAUGCCCGGUACCACUGUCACUGCCAGCAUGCUCGAGCAGAGGCGAACCCAGCGCCAUCAGUCGGCUCUACCCGGAGCGGUCACGGUCCCGGAACAUCUCGCCAAUGCCGGUCAUCGUACACCUCCUCUGUCAGCCAUCAUGCGGAAUACCCCACCAGCGUCGGCGGCCGAGGAUCUGACAAAUCCCAGCGUUGCUGCUGCUGCCAUCGCCGCUCGACUGGCAAAUAUCGCCCCCGUCUCGGCUCCCCUCACUCCGGCGGCGUCAAGCGGUCCAGCCUCGGCUGUUGCGGUGGAGGACGAGCCUCAGACUCGCUCGUCGGUCGAGGACGCCGUACGUCCGCCCAUGGCGCAGAACAAGAAUCGGCAUACUAUUCAGGUCGAGUAUGACGCGGAUGCGACAUACGAGCGGAUGCAGGCGGAGUUGGCGGCACAGAGGGGGAGCGAAGGGACGUCUGAGCCGUCCGGUACGCCGCUGGACGUCGGAGCGCAGAUGCUCAGCGACGCCGAGAUGAGCGAGUCGGAGACCGGUCAUGCGGCGGAGCAGAGUGGCGAUACUCGCAUGUCGCCUGAUGUCAGCCAGAUCCUUACUCCCAUCGAGGGAGUGCCCGACCCAGUCCCCGUUCCUGGGACACCCACCAAGCGGAAACCGGACGAGUCGAUCGGAUCGCCUUCAACUCCGCGGGCUGGGCGCGUCGCGGCCCAGGAGGACGUCUCGGCAACGCCGCGUCCGACCUUCAGUACGCCCAAAGCCCGUCGUGCGAGCGGGAAGAGCGCAUCCCGACCACCGGUAUCUAUGCCUCCACCCAUCAGCUUGCCAACAUCGAAAGGCGCUUCAUCCGGUCUCAACAACGCCGGCCUGCCCCAGGUACCGCCACCAAAGCGGGACCGAGCGAGGAAGGGUAUGUCACUGGACAAGUUUGGUCUCACCAAGCUGCUCAAUUCAGCUGGAAUGGGUAGCAGCGUGGACGUCUCGCGCCCAUCGCCGAGCGCGAGCUCCGUCACCGCUGCUUCCAUGCAGAAUCAGCAAGAGGGGAAGGCGCAGCGAGAUGCUCGGAGAAGCAGCAUGCGGCCGGCUACUGCACAAAAGGAGGAGAGGCAGUCCAAGCGGAAGACCCUGACGGCUUUGCAAUGGCCCAAGCUGACCGCUAGAUCUGGCUCCAUGCGCGACAACCGCUCGUCUGCACCCGCCACACCAGCACCUCUGUCCGCUCGGGAUAUGAACCCGGUUCAACAUACUCCCGCGCCCACUUCUGCACGGAGCAGGGCGUCACCUAUCGUCGGUGCUACUGGGAUCCAACCGCAAGCCGCCAACCUCGGACAGAACUCCCCUUCCAUCGUCACUGUCGACGCAGUCGCCCAGUCUCAGGGCACGAACGCGUCCAGCUCGGCGGCCAAAAAGGUCAUGGACUGGUUCCGCCGCAAGUCACUCGCAAAGGACACGUUCAAUGCUCGCGGCGAGAAUAUGAGGAGCGACUCGACGAGCAGCUUUGUCCGCGUGGAGGGGCCAUCGCAGUCCAGCGGAAAGGCUGUACCGGACUCGGCCACUCUCCCUUCCGCCGCUUCCCGGAUGCCCGAGCCUACUCGUCAACCUCUCGGCGACGCUGGAAAUGCCACCAAUCUCCCUCGCGCUUCGCCGCAGCGGCAGACCAUCGGCACGGCUGGUCGUUCCAAGUCACACGCAUUGCCCAGCCCGACAGCGGCAACGGCGAUGUCGCAGAUACCCUUCAAAGCGCCCGCUCCGUCCAGUGCGGCCGCCAAGCUCCGAGCGGAGGAGGCCAAGUUGCGUAUCCACACUGGUGUCGUCGAUCAAUCCGCCUUGUCGUCAAAGCUGCCCUCCGAGGUCAUUGCCGAGGUGAUCAAGGUGUUGAUGGAUAUGGGAUUGGAGGUGAAGAGGGAGAACGAGUACAGGUUGCGAUGUACCCGCGUGAAGAAGGGGGCGGCGAGGAGCGGUCUCAGGGGAAGCGUGAUGAGCAUCGGAGGCAGCUCGGCCGGUUUCCUGCUCGGCAAUGCGUCUUCGUCGAGGGUCGACUCGAGGGGUCUCCCUAUGCCCCAAUCACCUUCUGCUUCUAUCCUCUCACCGGGCGGGUUCAAGGGCAUGCUUCGUCGCGGCAGUACCGCCGCUGGCGUCAACCUUCCCCGCGCUUCCUCCGAGCCGCAGGGUCUGGUCAGCCCGGCCAUGUCCAGUGUUACGGGAACGCCUCUGUUGCCUAGUGUCGAGCCUAUCUAUGGGGAGCACUCCGUGGACAGCGGCGACGAAGUCAAGUUCAAUGUCGAGCUUUGCCGGAUCAAAAACCUCCCUGGGCUGUACUUGCUCAACAUCAAGCGGCUGCGCGGAAACGUAUGGAGCUUCAAAUUCAUCUAUCAAACCACUCUCGAGUAA